ACUGCGCAGCCGCGGGGAGCGGGGCUGGCCUAGGUCGCGGAAGGCGGAACCGCUAGUUUGGACCGGAGUCUUCGGUCCAAAGACCAUGAGCGCGGCGGGUGGCCUUCGUCGCCGCGCGCGAUUGUCGCGACUUGUGUCCUUCAGCGCGAGCCACCGGCUGCACAGGUGGGGUGUGCCCACGUGUGUCACCGCACGUGCGGGGCUCGUCCCGCUACGUUCCUGGGCGUGGCCACGCGCGUAGGUUAAAGCGGAACUGGGGUGGGCGGAAGAGGAAAUGGUGAAGGUGCGGAACCGCACCACCUGGACUCACCCGGGAGAGGGCGAUAUAGAUCUGAUCCUGGAGAACCCACUCGGGAGGUUCCCUUCAGAGGCUGCCCACAUUCAGAGAGGCACAGUGACAGGAGCAUAGGCUACCCGGUGCAACACAAGCCCAUCUCUGAGCGAUGAAGAGAACUUGAAAGUGUUUGGGAAAUGCAACAAUCCGAAUGGCCAUGGGCACAACUAUAAAGUUGUGGUGACAGUACAUGGAGAGAUUGAUCCGGUUACAGGAAUGGUUAUGAAUUUGACUGACCUCAAAGAAUACAUGGAGGAGGCCAUCAUGAAGCCUCUUGAUCACAAGAACCUGGAUCUGGAUGUGCCAUACUUUGCAGAUGUUGUAAGCACAACAGAAAAUGUAGCUGUCUAUAUCUGGGAAAACCUCCAGAAGCUUCUUCCAGUGGGAGCUCUUUGUAAAGUAAAAGUGUAUGAAACUGACAACAACAUUGUAGUCUAUAAAGGAGAAUAGAUCGCAGGCUUACCAUUGAGACAGGCUUGUUCCUUUUCAUACUUGAAAAAGCUUUGUCCUUUUAGAGCACACAGCAAUCAUCUCAUACUCAUGUCUCCAUGUUGUGUUCUGGCAUACCUGAGCAUUAAAGCCAUGUAAGGUCUGUAUUUAAAUGUAUUCAAGAAUCAAACUUGCAAUGUCUCCUGAAUGUGGUUUUGGUGAGAAAAUGGAGGAGGAGUAUUGAACUGAGGACUGAAGCAUGCCUCACACAUGUGAAGCAUAUCUCACACAUGUGAAGCAUGCCUCACACAUGUGAAGCUCAUACUCUACUUCUGAAGUGCAUUCCAGUCCUCUCAAGGACAUUUAGAGGAUCUUUUAUCUAGAGAUUAAAAAUUAUUUCAUCUUGGGCUGGUGAGAUGGCUCAGUAGUUAAGAACAUUGGCUGCUCUUCCAGAGGUCCUGAGUUCAAUUCCCAGUAACCACAUGGUGGCUCACAACUGGGAUCUGAUGCCCUCUUCUGGCAUGUAGGUGUACAUGCAGACAAAGCAUUCCUCCAUUUAAAAUAAAUAUAUAUAAAUGAAUUUUAAAAAUAAUUUCAGCUGGGCGGUGGUGGCGCACACCUGUAAUCCCAGCACUCUGGGAGGCAGAGACAGGCGGAUUUCUGAGUUCGAGGUCAGCCUGAUCUACAGAGUGAGCUCCAGGAUAGCUAGGGAUAUACAGAGAAACCCUGUCUCGAAAAAACCAAAUCCAACUCCUCCCCCCCCACAAUAAUAAUAAUUUCAUUUGAGCAAAAUGUUUUGAUGUGGAAUUAUGUAAAGGCAAAAUAAACCCAUUUUUGUUAUCUA